GGCUUCUCACUCUCUCUGUCUGCCUCUCUAUUCUAUCCCUCUCUCGCUUCUUCACCCCCCAAAACCCUAAAACCAAACCAAAAAUGGCCGAAAGAGGAGGAGGCGGCGCCGCUGGCGAGCGUGGAGGCUUCGGCCGCGGAUUCGGAGGCCGCGGACGCGGAGGUGACCGUGGUCGCGGCGGCAGGCGUCGCGGUGCUGGCCGCCGUGACGAGGAGGAGAAAUGGGUCCCAGUGACCAAGCUCGGCCGUCUCGUCAAGGACGGCAAGAUCUCAUCUCUGGAGCAGAUCUACCUCCACUCGCUCCCAAUCAAGGAGCACCAGAUCAUCGACACUCUCUGCCCUGGCCUCAAGGACGAGGUCAUGAAGAUCAUGCCCGUCCAGAAGCAGACCCGCGCCGGUCAGAGGACCCGGUUCAAGGCCUUCGUCGUCGUCGGCGACAGCAACGGCCACGUCGGACUCGGCGUCAAGUGCAGCAAGGAGGUCGCCACCGCUAUCCGGGGAGCGAUUAUCCUCGCCAAGCUUUCUGUGAUUCCGGUGAGGCGGGGUUACUGGGGUAACAGGAUUGGAAAACCCCAUACCGUGCCUUGCAAGGUCACCGGAAAGUGUGGCUCUGUUACUGUGAGGAUGGUGCCUGCUCCUCGGGGUUCCGGUAUCGUGGCGGCUAGGGUUCCCAAGAAGGUGCUGCAGUUUGCUGGUAUUGAUGAUGUGUUUACCUCAUCCAGGGGGUCUACCAAGACUCUCGGAAACUUUGUCAAGGCUACUUUUGAUUGUCUUCUGAAAACCUAUGGUUUCUUGACACCUGAAUUCUGGAGGGAGACUCGCUUCACAAAGUCCCCAUUCCAAGAGCAUACUGAUCUUCUUGCCAAGCCAACCGGUAAGCUACUCCUGGACGCUGUUGAGAGGGUUGAGGCCUGAGCUACUUUGGAUUCCAGCGAGUUGGAGAUUUUCCAAACUAUGUUUUGUUAGGAACUUAUUUUCUUUUCAGCUGAAGAACAUUAUAGUAUGCUAUUUCUUUUUGGUAUUUGACUGUUAUAAGUUUCUAAAUAUGUUUGGUUUCCAAUGGGAUGAUGGUACAUUGCUGAAUCCUUUUAAAUCUUUUUGAAUUAUUAGAUUUUUCCUCAUCA